AUGGUGGUUUUGGCCCUGGCUCUACUCGCCUCUGCGGCAGUCGUACGCGCGACUCCUAUCGAGAAGUCGCAGAAACAAUUACCACUGGUGAUAUGGCACGGUCUCGGCGACACCUAUGAUUCCGAAGGCAUAACCUCCGUCGGCGAGCUAGCCAACGAAACAAACCCCGGCACCUUCGUCCACUCCGUCUACCUCGACGAAGACCCCUCGUCUGACCGCUCCGCAAGCUUCUUCGGCCUCGUAAACACCCAGCUGGCGACGGUAUGUGACCAGCUCACCUCCAUUCCCGAGCUCGCCGGCGGCUUCAACGCGAUCGGAUUUUCUCAGGGCGGACAAUUUCUCCGCGGCUAUGUUGAGCGCUGUAACAACCCGCCUGUACGAACGCUCCUCACGUUUGGCGCGCAGCACAAUGGUAUCGCGGACUUUUUGGGCGAGUGUAAGCCAACGGAUUUUGUGUGCAAGUCUGCGUCAUCGCUAUUGAGAUCUAGCAAGUGGACCCCGUGGGUACAGAAUAAGGUUGUGCCUGCGCAGUACUUUAGGGACCCCGAGGACCUAGGCCCGUAUCUAGAAAAGUCAGCGUUCUUGGCGGACAUCAACAACGAGAGGGAUGGGGAGAGGAAUGAGACUUAUAGGGAGAACUUGGCUGGGCUGGAGAGAUUUGUGAUGAUCAUGUUUGAUGAGGACUUGACUGUGGUGCCAAAGGAGAGCGCGUGGUUCGCCGAGGUGAACCGCACGAGUGGAGAGAUAACGUUGUUGGAGAAUAGGGACAUCUACAAGGAGGAUUGGAUCGGGCUGAAGAGCCUGGGUACAAAGGGCAAGUUGGAGUAUUUGACGAUACCGGGAAGACAUAUGGAGCUGAGCGAUGAGGGACUCAAAGCGCUCUUUAAGACUUAUCUGGGGCCAGGUGGAAGGCUUAAUACAGAGGAUCAGCAUUCUGGAGGGGAGCUUUGA